AUCAAAUAAAAUUGAUUCAGCUCAUCUCCACAUCUGUCUCGCCACCUCUCUAUUUCUUGUUUAUCUCCACCUCCAUAUUCCUACGACUCUUUCUCUUCCCUUCAAUUUCCCCCAAAACCCAAAAAUCCCAAUCCCAAAAAAAAAAAAUUGGUUUCGAUCGGGGACGACAAUAUACAAAUGGCGCCCCGUCUCCUGAGCUGUUUCCGGCGCCGAUCCGAUCACGAUCGCGACGGCGAGAAGGCGGCGACGGUGGACGUUUCGACGGAGGAGCAGCGCAGAGGCGGUCCGGUGCUGGUGGAGCUUUUCUCGUCGCAGGGGUGCGCGAGCUCGCCGGAGGCGGAGCUGCUGUUCUCACGGCUGGGGCGGGGCGACUUCGCGGUGGAGGCGCCGCUGAUUCUGCUGGCGUAUCACGUCGACAUCUGGGAUUAUAUGGGGUGGAAGGAUCCAUUCGGAUCGAGCCAAUGGACCGUGCGCCAGAAGGCCUACGUGGAAGCCCUUCACCUCGACACAAUGUUUACGCCCCAAAUCGUUGUUCAGGGUCACGCGCAGUGCAUCGCCAAUGAUGAGGAGGCUAUGCUCUCCUGCAUCGCCUCUGCUCCAAGAUUCCCUGCUCCCACCUUCCAGGCGAGUUUUGAGAAGCCAACACCGGAGACAUUGCAAGUGACACUAACAGGGGCUCUGCGAUCAAAGGUGGAUCAUGAAGGUGUGAAUGUCAUGGUUGCUCUCUACGAGUCCGGCAUGGUCACCGACUGCUCCGGGGGCGUCAACAAGGGCCGCGUCCUUGCCAACGACUACAUCGUCCGACGCCUCGACAAGCUAUGCUCCGUAAAAGACAUAUCCGCCAGGAAAACUCUCACGGGGACCCUCAAUUUUUCUCUUUGGGAAGGCUUCAAUGCUGCCAAAUGUGGGCUUGCCUUAUUCGUCGAAGCCCCGUCUCAUCGCAUUCUUGGCUCGCAGAGCUUUAAGUUGCCGGAGAAGCUUUGAGAUUUACCAUUUUUUUUGGGAUUGUGUAGAGAUUGUCGAGUCUAAAUGAUGAAAUGAAAUGCACGCACAGAUAUGUGUAAUGUGUGUGAUUGGAUUGAGAGUUGGUAUUGUAUUUUGCAAAGACAUCUAUCUAUCUAUGCCAAGGUAUGUGUGGGGUUCUGUUUUUA